AUGAUCACGACCAGCGACACAUCCACCGCCAUCUGCGCACACGUCCAGAUCUCGCCCAUUCACGGUAUGUCGGACCUGGCGUGCAGCAGGUCGCCAGCAGUUCUUCCGCCCGAAAUGCUGCAGCUGGUGGAGCGGGCGUUCGUCGAGGUCAGCGUCGGCGGAGAGCUGGCGAAUCCCAUUGUCGAGCCGCUGGCGCGUGCGCGAACCCUCGGGCUGAGCUUCACAGGCAGCCAGUCGGAGAAAUUCCCAUUGGCCAGGGGCGAUGCAGCACCGGGGAUUUGCAGCGCACUGAUCGCCAGCCUCGAAGGAUUCUUUCACAGGGUGACAUCAUUGCACCUUUCAGAGCUGACCCGGCGCAAUCCCGACUCGGCGAGGCUGCUGCGUGCCUGCUGCGGCUCGCUGCAGGUUCUUAGCAUCGGCAGUGUUAUCCCGUGCCUCAAGCGGCUCGUGUUUGGUCGCCCACUGCCGCAGUGCCCGUUCCCGCACAUGCAGGAGCUCUGGUACGCGCCGCUCUAUGACAUCCUGCUGAAAUACGACAACAUGGCACUGCAGUACCUGACAUUCCCGGUCAUUUACAACACGCAGCGCACAGUGAGCCGGCGCAACUGCCCCGAGCUGAUGGAGCUGCGGCAGAUAAACGACUCGACCCGAGUGCUAACAGCUAUUGCGACAAUCCCAAAGCUUCAAAAGUACGUGCACCCGUCGUAUAUUGCUGGGCUGACUGGCGUGCCGACCUCCAUCCAGUGUACUGGUCUGCGAUAUCUGGACCUUUACGGGUGGCCGUUGACCAUCUCCGACAUGGCCUGGUCUCUGCGCGUGACAUUGGCAAGCGGUGGCGACAUGGUCGACCCGAGUGCCACCAAUGGCCUGCAGCGUGCUGGCUUUGGUGGUAGGAGCGACUGGCCGCGCACUGACUGUGCCAGGAAUUUCACAGGACUCGACCUGCUUUUGUACAGCGAUGCCUAUGCGCAUGUGCGCAGCGAGCUGCAGAGGCUUGAGAGCCACGGUACUAUGUCGCGCCUUGGCCAGGGCCCGCAUCGCUAA